AUAUAUGCAUGAGUUGUCUGCUAACCAUAAACAAACAGAUGUCAAUAUAAUCCACGCAAGCCUCGAUCUUCAGAGCUCAUGGAAAUAAGUGGAACGCAAACAUGUACAACUCGCACUAAUCAUGAUCCCAAGUUAAUGCUCAAACCACUCAAGCCAAUUUACUACACUUAUCGCGUUUAGACCUAACUAAUCGUUCCACAUCGGCCUUUCUUUCGAUAUAUAUCACCAUCUGUCCACAACUUUUGUUCCCAUGUCGAUCGAUCCCAAUUCGCAAGUGGAACUGAAGCUCGUGUUAGCCGUGAGCUAGCUCCUCCCCUUUUAGCUUUCAUGCCAGCACCACCACUCACUUUGUAAAGCUCCUUCUGAUUUUCUCAUCCAUUUCUUGCUUCUUUGAUCGACGCAAAAAAAUACGAAGAAGCAGGGAAAGCUAUAAAGAUCGAUGUCCAGAGACAUCAUCCGGACGUCUGCCCAGGAUCACGGGCCGGCAGCAGAUGACAGUGGCGCCGGGGCCGGGCUCGCGCUGUGGGACUGCGGCAGCGCGCUCUACGACUCGUACGAGCUCACCGCCUUCAAGUGCCAGCUCGACGCCGCCGUGCUCGCCUGCCGCUCGCUCUCCAUGCCGCACCUCCGCGGCGGCCCCGCGCCGGAAACAGGCCGCAGGAAGAGCGGCGCGAGGCGGCUGCCGGCGCUGCUCCGGAGGCUAUUCUCCAAGGUGCUCCGGCUGCGGUUCUCGGCGUCGGGGGCGCAUGGUGGUGCGAGUGCUAGAGGUGACCGGUACCGGGCGUACGACGGGUACUACAGCGGCACGGGGUCGCCGUGGUCCGGCGCGCUGAUGUCCAUCCCGGAGGAGAGCGGCGGCGGCAGCAGCCCGGAGACGCCCCCGGUCGACGUCGCUGGGCCGAGCGCGCUGCGGAGGGCUCAGUCUGAGCGGUUCAUCGGCAGCAAGACGGCGUCCACCAUGGUGCAGUUCGAUAACGUCGUUUUGUAGCUUCUACUGUGCUAGUUUGGUUAGGUACCAUAAGCCAGUCACAGAAACUUCAAUUUGUAAAUACUGCAGAAAUAUGCGCGCGGUGUGCAGUAACCAGUAAGCUAACUGUUCUGUGUUGGAGUGCUUCUGCUUCAUAUAUACACAAUCGUGUCAAAAAAUUAGCACAUCAGUAGCUAAUUCUUCUGUGGUUUUACGACA